AUGAAGGCCUGGACAUUGGGUUCCCUCGUGGCUCUUGCGGCCCCAGCAAUUGCCUCUGAUUGCCACUGUUUGCCGACGGACAGCUGCUGGCCUGCUCCCUCCGCUUGGAAUGCCUUGAACUCUACCGUUGGUGGUAGUCUGGUUGCGACCGUGCCCAUCGGUACCCCCUGCCACGCCCCUAACUAUGACGCCGCCGCCUGUGCGUCUCUCAAGGCCGAGUGGUACAAGCCCGAGCCUCACCUUGACUCCUCUUCGUCUGUGAUGCAGACCUACUUUGCCAACCAAACAUGUGAUCCUUUCUCUGCCAAGUCCAAGCCUUGCACUCUGGGCAACUACGUCAGCUACGCUGUCAACGUCUCCUCCAGCGAUCAGGUCAUCGCUGCUGUGAACUUUGCUCGCGAGAACAACAUUCGCUUUGUUAUCCGUAACACUGGCCAUGACUACCUUGGUCGCUCUACUGGUGCUGGUGCCCUCUCCGUCUGGACUCACCACAUGCAUGACAUUGAGUACCAAGACUGGACCGGCCCUUACUACCAGGGCCCUGCUUUCAAGGUCGGCGCUGGUGUCGUCGGCUACCAGAUUCUCGAGGCCGCUUCCGCCAAGGGCCUCGUCGUCGUCACCGGUGAAUGCCCUACGGUCGGUCUCGCUGGUGGUUACACCCAGGGUGGUGGCCACUCCGCUCUCAGCACCGAGUUUGGUCUCGGUGCCGACAACACCCUCGAGUUCGAGGUUGUUACCGCUGCCGGUAAGCUGGUCAAGGCUUCCCGCACCGAGAACGAGGAUCUCUUCUGGGCCCUCAGCGGUGGUGGUGCCGGCAACUACGGUGUUGUCAUCUCCAUGACUGUCAAGGCUCACCAGGACGCUCCCAUCGCUGGUGCUACUCUCCAGAUGGCUGCGACCGGUGUCAGCACCGACACCUUCUUCGAGGCUAUUUCCCAGUUCCACUCUCUGCUGCCUGCUAUGAUCGACCAGGGUGUCACUGUCAUCUACCAGAUGACCUCCAAGGUGUUCCUGAUUGCCCCCAUCACUGCCUACAACCAGACCUCCGAUGAUGUCAAGGCUAUUCUCAAGCCCUUCACCUCGGCUCUCACUAGCCUUAACAUCACCUACAAGACCACCUUCACCCAGUACGACUCGUACUACGAUCACUACAACCACUACAUGGGACCCCUUCCCUGGGGCAACUUGGACGUGGCCACUUACCAGUACGGUGGUCGUCUGAUGCAGCGCCAGAACCUCGAGCAGAACCACAACGGUAUUGCCGAUGCUCUCCGCACCAUCACCGGAGCCGGUGCUAUCGCCGUUGGUGUCGGUAUGAACGUUUCCGCUCCUACCAACGUCUCCAACGCCAUCUUCCCUGCCCUGCGCAACGCCGCCGUGACCAUGCAGAUUGGCACACCCUGGAACGAGACCGCCCCAUGGGCCAAGAUGGUCGAUGACCAGUACAAGAUCACCAACGAAUUGGUGCCCCAGCUCGAGAACGCCACCCCCGGCAGCGGUACCUACCAGAACGAAGCCAACUUCCGCCAGUUGAACUGGAAGGAGACCUUCUUCGGUAGCAACUACAACCCUCUCUUGACUGUCAAGCAGAAGUGGGAUCCUAACUCCUUCUUCUAUGCUCUCAAGGCUGUUGGCAGUGAUGCCUGGACUGUCUCUAAGUCUGGUCGCAUGUGCCGUGCUACUACUAGCGCUCGUAGCACCGGUGCGUGCCAGGCUUAA